UAUCGAUGGAGGACAGAGGGCUAAUCCCUGGCCUUAAUCCGCACUGGAAAUACACCCUAAGAAUGUUACCAAGUAGCUAUGAAGGACAUACGAAGUGGGUAGCACUAAGAUGGCACGGUGGCGGCGAAUCCCAUAUGGAGCUGCUGGUGGCGGAUGACGUGUUGGGCAAGGAUACGCAGCCGGCAACACUCCUGCCCCCCGCCACCCCCAAUGCCACCGCCAACCUGCAACUGAAGCGCACCAAGUCCACCAAUAAGAUCGAUGCCGUGGCCGCAGCCCUGGACUCACUGCUAGAAGACCGACUGAGGGACAAACUGAAGGAGCCCGGUCCCAAGAAGAGGCGUAAAGAGGCUCGGGCAGCACAGCGGGCGGAGGCAGAGGCUGCUGAGGGAGAGAGCCCCCACAGCUCCCGGGAACACCCUUUCCCGAACUCCUCCGACGCCGCCGCGCCCCAUCGGCCGAGGAGGCAUCUGCAGCCAUACCAAUGCUGGCAGUGGAUGGGGCGGCAGAUUCCACUGGAUGUGCUGGUGGUGGUGCUGGUGGUGCUAGACCCGAAUAAGUCACUUGACUUCACUGAAGCCGACACGGGUGAGAAGGAUGGUAAGGGAGUCUCCAAGCUGGGAGAAAGUGGAGACUGCCAGGCUAGUGGCAGUGAAUUUAAAAGUGGUUUCUAG